AGCUUGCCAACCCUGCCAUCGUUCGAGCUGAGCUGAGCUGCCAAUAGAUGUACAUCAUACCUCCGAAUCCCAAAGCCACCUUCACCAGUUUACCCUGUUCCUCGCGCUAGGCUCCCCCUUCAUCCUGGCCGCGUCGCUCUCGCCUUUUGACCCUUAUAACCAUUAGUGUCGGGUCUUAACACCCUCUGUUAUUACCAUAACGCUGAACAUGGAAUAUUGAGCAAUGUGAUUGUUACAGCUUCUUCUUUUCUGGGCGGUUUUCUUCUAUCAUCAAGACCCUCGACUGGUCCUUACUACCUCUCCACCAUAAUGAACAUCACUAAUUCUACCCCCGCUGGAAUACGGGUUAAUAUCAUAGUACUUGCCUUCACCCUCGUUUCAAGCUUGGUUGUUUUUUUACGUCUUUUCACACGCCUGGUAAUAUCAAAAAUGGCCGGAUGGGAAGACGCUUUUAUUGUACUGGCCAUGGUCUUUUCAGUAGGACUUACGGUGCUAACCACCGAACAAGUAAUGAAUGGGUUGGGAACGCACAGCUCGAGACUCUCGAAAACUGAGCUAGAUAUACUACUAAAGUCGUUCUGGGCGAGUGUCUGGGUUUAUAAUCUCACCCUUACUACAAUCAAGGUCUCCAUCCUUGUCCAAUAUUUUCGCAUUUUCCCCGUCCGUUGCUUCCGGAUAGCCUGUAUCGUUGUAUUAGGCCUGGUAGUCGCAUAUGGAGCUUGGGCCGUUUCCUCAAGCGUACUCAUUUGCACCCCGAUCGCUUUCUCAUGGGAUAAGUCGAUACCAGGCGGUAGAUGCAUGAACCAACUCACAGUGUGGAUUACGAAUGCCGCCUUGAACAUCACGUUGGAUGUGGUGAUAUUCCUCAUGCCGCUAUUAGUCAUACGAGGGUUAUCAAUAUCUAAAUCGCAGAAACGGGGGCUAGGGACUAUGUUCAUCUUGGGUGUCAGCGUCACCUUGGUAUCCAUUGUUAGGCUCUAUUCCUUGGACGCAAUUGCCAAUUCAACAGAUGUGUCGUUUGACAACACGGAUCAUGCAACUCUGUCCGCAGUCGAGGUCAACGUAGGCAUCGUGUGCGCUUGCUUACCAGCUAUGCGGCCGUUGUUCGCCCUUGUGUUGCCCCAGUACUUUUCAGAAUCGCCCCGAUAUUUGAAGUAUCGAACCUUCAAAAUAGAUCUAGCGGCAGAGCGAAGAAAGUAUCCAGAGUAUACCACUCGGCCUCCUACUGCACGCAUAACAAGGCCUAGCACCGCCCAAACUAGGCCCGCCACUGCACAAAUAAGACCCAACACUGCACAAAUAAGACCCAACACCGCACAAAUGAGACCCCAUACAGCACACACAAGCCCCAACACCACACCACCACAACUCAUCAGCACACCGCCAAGACUCGUCACAAUACCAUCUAGACCCAGCACCGCAUCAUCAAGACCCAUCACUGCAGAAUCAAAGGCUGAAACUACACCACCUCGAGCCGAUGUUCUCAACGAGGACUCUUGGCAGGAGACAUUUCCUCUUCAGUCUAUCUUCUCCCGUCCAUCAGGUCGAGGUUCUCCCUUGUCUCAAAUGACUGCGACAUCACCGCCAUCUUCACCAUGUUUGCAUGAUUUUCAAGGACACUCGCGCAAAGGAAGUAACACGUCGGUGGCAAGCACAGCAAGUGUAGCACUUGAACGAUGCAUAGCGCGUCUCCAAGCAGGAUUUGAUGCUCGACGCAUGACACCCAUUUCGCCGUUCAGUACGGCUUUCCCCGCCCCGCUUCGCAUCCGAAAAUCACCUUCACUGCCACCAGGCUCGUGGAUGCGACGACCAUCCACAUCGUCGCAGGUAGGGUUGAAGGAAUUGGAAACCGACAAGAAAUUACCCCCAACACCCUUUCCUUUCGGAUCUCCCGAAUGAGGUGAUUGAAUGAGGUGAUUCUCAGUGCAGAUGACACGAGAAUAAGGGGGAAAACAGAAUAAAAGAGUGAUUGUCUAUAACCACAGGGAAACCAACCACACAUACACACACACACACACAUGCUCGUUAUGUACAUAUAGGGAAAGCCAUGAGCCAGCGACCUUGAAAGAACAGGUACUCUUGUAAUUGCGCGCGCUGCAAAAGUUUGCGAUGCCCCCCAAAGGGGACCGAGAUUUUUCGCCUGGUAGCUGCGUAGCUGCCUGCACCACUCUCCUUCUCCCCUCCUCCCGCGACAAGUUGUGGGGUAAAUAGGAGGAGAGUGAUGGGCAGGCAGCCUCUUCAAGGAUCUAGCAGUGAAGCUACACAACAAUAAUAAAGUCGUUUUUUUGUUUAAAAUAAAAUAAAAUAUCUCGCACUCAAUCGCACUCUUGUCUUUGUCUGCAC